AUUCGCCCAUCAGCGCCUGAAAACACGACUCACCAUUCCAUCAACACCAAAGAAAACUUUCCACCAACUCGAGGCGCAGGAUCAUACUUCUUUGCGACCCAACACCAAAAAAAAUCAAAAAUGGCACCAGCAACAGUACGUACAUGAACCAUGCGCUUUGCUGUUGGCCCGCCUCGAAAGAGGUUGCGGCGUGAUACAGUAGGCUAAGAUUCAAUGUAGAAAUCCGGAGCAAAGGGCAAGCAGGCCAAGGUCACCAAGAAGGUAAUUCCCAACUCUCUCUCUCUCUGUUACAAUUCGUGUGUAUCUGCGAAGUACGAAAGCUAACAGUGACGCUGUAACAGUUCAUCAUCAACGCUUCCCAACCGGCCAGCGACAAGAUCUUCGACGUGUCCGCUUUCGAGAAGUUCCUCCAGGACAAGAUCAAGGUCGACAACCGAGUCGGAAACCUCGGGGAUGCUGUCAAGAUCCAACAGAUUGGCGAUGGAAAGAUUGAGGUCAUUGCACACAUCGAUUUCUCUGGUAGAUACCUCAAGUACUUGUACGUUGGCUCCCCUACCCCACCUUCACACAUCUUCGAAGAAAUAUGUGUUAAUUGGGUAUGUGAGUAGGACCAAGAAGUUCCUCAAGAAGCAACAACUCCGUGAUUGGCUCCGUGUUGUUUCUACCUCCAAGGGUGUCUAUGAGCUCCGCUUCUUCAACGUCGUCAACGACGAUGCUGAGGAUGAUGAUGAGUAAAGAACCGAAAUCAAAAUAUAAGG